AUGGGGAGCCAACAGGGAGCCCCCGGAGCGUCCAGGGACGACCUCGUGCAGUUCAGGCGGGAAGGCCUGCCAUCCACUUGUCUCCUUCGUGUCAAGCGCGACAUCGCCGAGCUCAAAGCCGACCCGCCGCCGGGUGUGUUCAUCGCCCCUAGUGAGGACGACUUUACCCGAAUCGAUGCGAUCGUGGUGGGCCCAAGGGAUACGCCCUACGAAGGAGGCUUCUUCCGCUUCCGCAUAACGUGCCCGCCCGAAUAUCCGAUGAAGCCGCCCGACGUGCGGUUCUUAACCACAGGCGCCGGACGCGUGCAGUUGCACGAGCACCUCUACGCCGACGGCCGUGUCUGCCUCAGCAUCAUAGGUACCUGGACUGGACCGCAGUGGAGUCCGGUGCUGACCCUGAGUAGCCUGCUCGUCUCCCUGCAGUCGAUGCUCUCGGAACUGGAACAGCUCAACUUUGGCCCGGUCACCAUGCACCGGUUUGGUAGCCGCUACCGGCACAAUACCAUCAAAAUCGCAGUGUGCGAUCCGGUAGAAGACUGCCUCCGAGACGGCUGGAUAUACCCGCCUGCCUUGAGGAACGCCGUGUUGAAGACAUUCGCCGAGUCCUGCGCCAGGUUCGAAGACACGCUCAAGGCCGGGCAGCAUCUGUACGGAAGCCAGUACAGCCCUCCAGGGGGAUGUAAGGAUUGCGGGCUCCUUCUGCUGCGGAUCCAAGGCCUCAAGCUAAAGGUGAAGGAACAAAUUGAAGCGGAGGCGGCGAACGCUGGCCACUAG